UGGGGCUAGGCUUUGGCAGAUCAUGAGGAGAGCUUGGGCAAUGGGCAUGACCGAAUCUCAGCCAGACCGAGGGGACUAUUCUCCCAUUGCCUGGACACUUUAAUUGAUGGUUUUCCUCGACAAUGUCCAUCUUCGGUGUUCUUCCUCACGAUGGCAGUGGAUGGGGGGCGACGUGACGUGGUCUCCAAGCUAGCGAAAAUAGGUGCGAAGUUCGGAGGGCAACAGCGAAAGGGAACCAGAGGAACUUCCGAAGGGAUUUUGUUUCACUCCCAACAUCCCACGAUCUGCAAUUCUGCAUAUCUAUCUGCUACUAGCGUACAGUUUUAACUCCCCGCGCUCUCGUCUCCCAGCGCAUGUCUUUCGAUCCCGCCUGCCCGGCUCAGAUGACCGACUCUGAUCGCUCGCUGUCGCUGUCGCCCGAAUUUUCGCCGCUUGACAUGGGCAGAGACUUGACACCGCUUCCCGAGUACAAGGCCGCGGGAAACACAGCAGUAGACUUCUCGGGACUCCUGGAGAACCCCAUCAAGCUGCAUGAGGAUCUCAAGUCAGGAUGUGGAGGGCAGCUGUGGCCCGCGGGCAUUGUGCUAGCAAAACACAUGCUCCGGUACCAUCGGAACAAGCUUGGGAAGGCCAGAAUUCUAGAAAUAGGAGCGGGCAGCGGUCUGGUUGGUCUUGGGGUUGCGCGUGGAUGCAGCAUCGAGAUACCUCUGUACAUCACGGAUCAGGUCGAGAUGGAGGCCCUCAUGGAGCACAACAUCGCCUUGAACGGACUCCACGAGAGAGUCAGGCCCGCCGUGUUGAACUGGGGCGAGCCACUCACACAGGAGGUUAUCGAUUUCCGACCCGACACCAUCCUUGCCGCCGAUUGCGUGUACUUCGAGCCGGCCUUCCCACUCCUCCUGCAAACAUUGCGAGAUUUUCUAGCGCUCUGCCCUUCGGCCACCAUCUAUUUCUGUUUCAAAAAACGACGCCGUGCUGACAUGCACUUCCUCGCAAAGGCGAAGAAGAUGUUUCACGUGACUGAGAUCGAGGACGACGACCGGCCCAACUUCAGCCGAGAAGGAUUGUUCCUCUACACCUUCACAGCCAGGGCAACGGCAAUAGCAAGCAUUCUCCCGGCUGUCAUCUGAGAAAUCGGGGAACGCUAGCGCCGGAAGGCCACAUGCCUGCGGUUGUCUCCUACUGCUGCUGGUGCUGCUGGUACUAACAUGGCAGGCAGUGAGGGGGAGCAGAGUUCCAUGUUAACACACGGCAGUCCACC